GUAAUCAUGAGUUUCUCUACCUUACUGCUACUUUCAUGCGGACUUUCUAUUGUCUACCUUGUCACAACCAUUAUUCUUCGCAAAAUCUCCAUUUCACGAUUCAGAUCAUCCCACGAAUGUCUUGAUCCUCCUGCAUUGCCACAGCGAGAGCGCAUCAUUGGACUCGAUCUGCUGAANAGCAGAGCUGCCGCGGUCAAAGCGAAAAAUAGUCUCGAAUGCGCCGUCCGUCGUAUCGAAUCUACUGCCAAUACAUUCUCAAACACAAUUGUUGGUCUCAACAUUAUCACCACCAUCGAUCCGGCAAAUAUCCAGUGUAUCCUCGCCCAGAAAUUCACCGACUAUGACUUGGGAGGAAGAAUAUAUGCCUGGGGUCCGCUUGUCGGCAAGGGCGUCUUCACCUCCGACGGUCCUGAAUGGGCUCACAGACGAGCCAUCAUCCGACCAAAUUUCACCAAACAACAAGUUGCGAGUCUCGAAAUGUUUGAAAGGCAUUUUGGACACCUCUUGGCUCUGCUACCUCAAGAUGGAUCGACUGUCGACCUACAGAAGUUUUUCUUCAGCAUGACCCUCGACUCGGCUACUGAGUUCCUGUUUGGACGAAGUGUUGGUGCCCAGGGUGCAGGACACGGCAGUGAAGCUGAUUGUUUCCAACGCGCCUUUGACUUUGCCCAACAUCAGAUGCCGGACCGCAAUCGUCUGGGCGUCAUGAAUCUCUUCAUCCCGAAUGCCAAGUUCAAGGCUGCUUGCAAAGUUGUGCACGCAUGGGCAGACAGAUAUGUCGAACACUGGCUUCGUAAUAGAGCUUCUGAGAAAAUGCGAAAGUCUUCCGAUGACAACAGCAAGUAUGUCUGUCUGGAGCAGAUCGCCGACCAGGUCCAGGAUCCGAGACAACUCCGUGAUGAGAUGUUGAAUGUCUUGCUCGCUGGAAGAGAUACUACUGCUGGAUUGCUUUCCAAUGCAUUCCACGUCUUGUCUCGUCAUCCCGAUGUCUGGAAGAAAUUGCGGGCAGAGGUCGACACUCUGGAAGGAAGACCGCCCACUUACGAAGACCUCAAAGGUCUGAAAUACCUCAAAUUCCUACGCCUUUAUCCUCCUGUGCCGACAAACGCACGUUGUGCCAAGGUCGAUACUGUCCUACCUACCGGUGGCGGUCCGACACGCACCUCGCCAGUCUUUGUACCCAAGGGCUCUAUAGUCGUCUACUCGAUAUAUGCCCUGCACCGUCGCCACGAUACCUUUGGACCUACAGCGAAAGAGUUCAUCCCCGAACGUUGGAGCUCUGACUCACCUGAUGGUCUUUUGAGACCAGGAUGGGGCUACAUUCCUUUCAGUGGCGGACCAAGAAUCUGUGUUGGUCAACAGUAUGCUUUGACGGAAGCGAGCUACACCAUUGUUAGAAUGUGCCAGAACUUCACCGAGCUACAAUCCAGAGAUCAGGGACCAUGGGUAGAGGGACUCGGGCUUACGUUAUGCAGUGGUGGGGGCACCAAGGUCGGGCUGGUUCCAUUGUGA